CAUCAACACCGCGUUUUGAUCCUAAAGGAUGGCUGAAGCAGAACUACAGGCGUUUACGUCUAUGAUGGACGCACUCGUUCAAAUCAGCUCUAACAUAAAGAGUAUGGAGCGGGAGCUGCAUUGCCCGGUGUGUACUGAGAUGGUGAAGCAGCCCAUCAUCCUGCCGUGCCAGCACAGUGUGUGUCUGCUGUGUGCUGCUGAGGUGUUAAUCCAGAGAGGAUACCCUCCCCCAGACCUCCCCCCAGAGCCCAACUCCCCGGCUGCCUCCCCCAACACACGCUCCCCGCGCGGGGCACGCAGACCCCCGCCCAAGACCACCGACCGCCUGGACCGCGUCCUCAGACCAGGUUUUGGGACGUACCCCGGGCGUCGUCGUAAGGACAUGUCUCCUGCCCCCAUGCUGUUCCCCUGUCCGUCCUGUCACAAGGAGGUGGAGCUGGGGGAGAGAGGACUGACCGAUUGCCUCAGGAAUCUCACCUUGGAACGCAUCGUAGAGAGGUACAGACACACAGUGAGCCUGGGCAGCGUGGCUAUAAUGUGUGGCUUCUGUAAGGCUCCUCAGUCCUUGGAGGCCACUAAGGGCUGUGCUGACUGCAGGUCCAACUUCUGCAACGAGUGUUUCAAGCUCUACCACCCCUGGGGAACGAUCCGCUCCCAGCACGAACACAUACUGCCCACCAACAACUUCAGACCCAAUGUCCUAACGUGUCUGGAGCAUGAGCAGGAGAGGUUGUUGUGGUACUGUCGCUCCUGCCAGAGACUGCUGUGUCCUCUCUGUAAGCUCCGCAGAGUCCACCACGGCCACAAGGUGGCGCCCAUCGCACAGGCCUGCCAGGCACUAAAGGACAAAAUCACCAAGGAGAUCAACUACAUUCUGGCCAAUCAGGACACAGUAAAGGCUCAGAUAACUCAGCUGGAGAGUGCCAUCACACAUAUGGAGUUGAACAGUGUGUUGGCGAGGGAGCAGUUGUCCCAGUCUGUGAGGGAGCUGGGGGCGUCUCUAGCUGAGCGACAGGGAGCGUUGACCCUGGCCCUGGAGGGGGCCCGGCUGAGGAGGGGGGAGGCCCUGUCGGCCCAGGUGUCUGAGAGGAGGGGUCUGCAGGAGGACGGCGGGUUAAUGGCCUACACACAGGAGCUGCUCAAAGAGACCGACCAACCCUGCUUCGUACAGGCCGCACGAAUCACCCACAACAGGCUGGUGAAAGCGAUAGAGAAUCUGCAGUGUUUCUCUCUCUCGGCUGAUCCCUCCUUCAGACACUUCCACAUGGACGCCUCCAGAGAAGUGAAACUCAUCAGCAACAUGGAAUACAUAAGAGCCCCAUUGGCUCCUGUGAUUGACACUCAGCGGACGCUGGCCUAUGACCAGCUGUUCCUGUGCUGGCGACUCCCCCAGGACUCCGCCCCUGCCUGGCACUUCUCCGUUGAGUUCCAGCGGCGAAUGGGAUUGACCGAGGCAGGCUGGGGAGGAGAGGUCAGAAGUCCCAAUGCUCCAGUGGCGUGGCAACGCCUGGAGGAGGUGGGCGGGACUAGUGCUGUGAUUGACAGGCUGGAGAUGGACAGUGUGUACGUGUUAAGGGUGAAAGGAAGCAAUAAGGCAGGGUUUGGAGAGUACAGCGAAGAGGUUUACCUGCACACACCACCCGCACCAGUGUUGUGUUUCUCUCUGGACUCUCGCUGGGGUUUGCAUGCUGACCGACUGGCGCUGGGUAAAGGACAGACAUAUGCCCGCAGCGUGCCUGGCCUCUCCCUUCUGCAGGCCGCCGACCGCUCCCUCACUUCCUGUCACCUGACCUCUGACCUCCUCAUAGGCGACCUGGCCAUCACCCAGGGAAGGCACUACUGGGCAUGCUCGGUGGAGCCCGGCUCCUACCUGGUCAAGGUGGGAGUUGGACAGGAGGCCAAGCUCCAGGAGUGGUUCCACCUUCCCCAGGACAUGACCAGCCCCCGCUAUGACCCAGACAGUGGCCAUGACAGUGGGGCUGAGGAUUCCCCAGACUCCUCCCCUCCCUUCUGCUUCCUCACCAUGGGCAUGGGCAAGGUCCUCUUACCCCAGGGGGCAGCAAACUUACACCACAGUACCCACAGUACCCAUGGGAACAACCAUGGCCCCCCUACUGCCCCCCUGCCCCCGCGCCUGGGGGUUUGUCUGGACUUCGAGAAGGGGCAGGUCACGUUCUACGACGCCCACUCGCUGCGCACCCUGUGGGAGGGGCAUGUGGAUUGCUCUGCCCCUGUGUGCCCGGCCUUUUGUUUCAUUGGUGGAGGGGCACUGCAGCUGCAGGAGCUGGUGGCCAAUCGGAGCACAGAGGAGCCACCGCAUAGAAGGGUCACCAUCCAAUCACGCGCCACCAAUUUAGGUAACUGAAGAAGUAUGGAGUGGAAUGAUGUGGAAAGAACCUUUAUCAACUUGAUGUUUACUUUUUUAUGUGUAGGUUUCAUUUGUAAUGUCUGCCACUGUUGAUGAUGUACAUUAUGCAGAAUAGAAGAAUGUCAACGUCCCGGAAUCCAGUGGAUUGUAAAGCGUUCUGCAGGUUACAUCAGGAUGUAUUCUGGUGUGAUUCCAACUGUUGCUGUGUUGCAUCAGAAAAGGACUCAUGGGUGGGACGUUAACUGUUAAAUGAUUCAUGAGUGGGACGUUAACUGUUAAAUGACUCAUGAGUGGAACGUUUAUUGUUAAAGGACUCAUGGGUGGGACGUUAACUGUUAAAUGACUCAUGAGUGGGACGUUAACUGUUAAAUGAUUCAUGAGUGGAACGUUAACUGUUAAAUGAUUCAUGAGUGGAACGUUUAUUGUUAAAGGACUCAUGA